AUGUCUACCAGCGCGAAGACUGUUAUCGCGACCGGCGCGUCGUCGGGCCUGGGAUUCGAAUCGGUCAAGCAAUUGCUGGAGAAGUCCGAGCCUUACAACUUCAUUCUGGGAGCCAGAAACACCGAGAAGGUGCAAGCUGCUUACAAUGAUCUUGGAUACGACACCACCAAGCAUUCCGUCACUAUCAUUCCCCUCGAUCUCCUAAGCUUGCGAAGUGUGCAGCUUUUCGUACAGCAAGCACUUUCCAAAUUGGGCCCGAACCGUAUUGACUUUCUUUACCUUGCCGCUGGAACAUUGGACAGUGCCGAAGGCCCUGGCCCCCACGGAUCUCAGUGGUGUGCGGGUUAUGUAGUGAACCAUCUGUCUCAACACUACCUCGUACACCUACUUCGGGAGGCACUUCUUGCCUCAAAGACUCGUCUUGUCUUCGUUUCGUCCGGCGCCAUCCGUAACGUCAGAGAUCAGAAUCCAUCUACUCUUGAUGUGGACAUGAAGGCCAACUCAGGAGCAGGCAUCGGUACAAUCUACAGUGGCUCAAAGUUCAUACAAUUGCUGGGUGCCCAUUACUGGCGCCGGAACCUUGUGGGGUGCACUAUCGUUGCUGUUUCUCCAGGCCUGGUUCCUGGCACAAACCUUGCCACAGAUUUGGGUCUGAGCAUGAGUAUGCCAGAUGCUAAGACUGUUCCCGAGGGUGCUCAAAACUUGCUACGUGCUUUCACAGUUAGCGACAUUCCUACUGACCCGGAGCAAAUCUUCCUCACUAGCUGGGGUGAGUGGUGGCCCACGGAUGUAUAUGCUUUGAGUCUUGAUACGAAGCUCCAGGACAAGUGGUGCAUCAGCUUGGAGGAAAUUGAGAGCGAGGAGGGCCUUUCUAAGUAG